GGGGCUUCCGCGAGCAGCGGCGGCUGCCAGGCUGGGUCCGAGCAUCCCGCGGCUCCGGACCCCCGGCCCGGACAUGGCGGCCGUCCCGGCCUCCCCGCGAGGCGCGCUGCUGCUUCUUCUGGCCGUGGCGGGGGUCGCGGAGGUGGCAGGGGGCCUGGCCCCUGGCAGUGCGGGUGCACUGUGUUGUAAUCAUUCAAAGGAUAACCAAAUGUGCCAUGAUGUAUGUGAACAGCAUUCAUGGAUUUCACAGUCUUGACUAUUUGCAGAUAUUCUCCUCAAAAAGUGAAUCCCGACUAAAGCAUCUGUUACAGCGAGCCCCAGAUUAUUGCCCUGAAACAAUGGUUGAAAUUUGGAGUUGUAUGAAUUCAUCUUUGCCAGGUGUGUUUAAGAAGUCUGAUGGCUGGGUUGGCUUAGGCUGCUGUGAACUGGCUAUUACCUUGGAGUGUCGACAGGCAUGCAAGCAGGCAUCUUCAAAAAAUGAUAUCUCCAGAGUUUGCAGAAAAGAAUAUGAGCCUGUCCUCCAUUAUUUUAGUGUGCUUCCUUCUCUUGUCUGGAUUUCUGCAUUGCCCUAGGAAGUCUGCCAGUAUGUGUUGAUGAAGGACGGGACAGGAAAGAAUGCUCUUUUCAGUUGCAUUAGCAGAAAUGAAAUGGGCUCAGUUUGUUGCAGUUAUGCAGGCCAUCACACAAACUGCCGAGAAUACUGUCAAGCCAUCUUUCGAACAGACUCUUCUCCUGGUCCAUCUCAGAUCAAAGCAGUGGAAAAUUAUUGUGCCUCUAUUAGUCCACAAUUAAUACACUGUGUGAACAAUUAUACCCAAUCUUAUCCAAUGAGGAACCCAACAGAUAGUUUAUAUUGCUGUGACAGAGCUGAAGACCAUGCUUGCCAAAAUGCCUGCAAGAGAAUUCUGAUGUCUAAGAAAACAGAAAUGGAGAUUGUUGAUGGCCUCAUCGAGGGUUGUAAGACCCAGCCUUUGCCUCAGGAUCCUCUUUGGCAGUGUUUUCUUGAAAGCUCACAGUCUGUUCACCCUGGCGUCACUCUACACCCUCCUCCCUCUACGGGCCUUGAUGGAGCUAAAUUGCAUUGUUGUUCUAAAGCAAACACUUCAACAUGUAGAGAACUGUGCACUAAACUUUACAGCAUGAGCUGGGGCAAUACACAGAGUUGGCAAGAGUUUGAUCGUUUUUGUGAAUAUAAUCCAGUGGAAGUGUCCAUGUUGACCUGUUUAGCAGAUGUUCGGGAACCUUGCCAAUUGGGCUGUAGAAAUCUUACUUACUGUACUAAUUUUAACAACAGGCCAACAGAACUUUUCAGGAGUUGUAAUGCUCAGUCAGAUCAAGGAGCCAUGAAUGACAUGAAGCUGUGGGAGAAAGGAAGCAUAAAGAUGCCAUUUAUAAACAUACCUGUUCUUGACAUUAAGAAGUGCCAGCCAGAAAUGUGGAAAGCGGUAGCUUGUUCACUGCAGAUUAAACCUUGUCAUAGUAAAUCCCGGGGAAGUAUUAUUUGCAAAUCAGAUUGUGUGGAGAUUCUCAAGAAAUGUGGGGACCAGCACAAAUUCCCUGAAGACCACACAGCUGAAAGUAUUUGUGAGCUUCUGUCACCUACAGAUGACCUAGAGAAUUGUAUACCUUUGGAUACAUACCUAAGGCCAAGUACUUUGGGUAACAUUGUAGAAGAAGUCACUCAUCCCUGUAACCCAAAUCCUUGCCCUGCUAAUGAGCUCUGUGAGGUAAACCGGAAGGGGUGUCCGUCUGGAGAUCCCUGCCUUCCAUUCUCUUGUGUGCAAGGUUGCAAAUUGGGAGAAGCCUCUGAUUUCAUCGUCCGUCAAGGGACACUAAUCCAGGUGCCAUCAUCUGCUGGGGAAGUUGGUUGUUACAAAAUUUGCUCAUGUGGACAAAGUGGACUCUUGGAAAACUGUAUGGAGAUGCACUGUAUAGAUCUUCAGAAGUCCUGCAUUGUUGGAGGAAAAAGAAAAAGUCACGGGACAUCCUUUAAUAUUGACUGCAAUAUCUGUUCUUGUUUUGCUGGCAAUUUGGUGUGUUCUACCCGCCUGUGCCUCAGUGAGCACAGUUCAGAAGAUGACCGUCGCACCUUCACAGGUCUGCCCUGUAACUGUGCAGAUCAGUUUGUCCCCGUGUGUGGGCAGAAUGGACGCACUUACCCCAGUGCCUGCCUUGCUCGCUGUGUGGGCCUCCAAGACCAUCAGUUUGAGUUUGGAUCAUGCAUCUCAAAGGAUCCAUGCAAUCCUAAUCCCUGCCCAAAAAACCAAAGAUGCAUACCCAAACCACAAGUCUGCCUGACAACUUUUGAUAAAUUUGGAUGUAGCCAAUAUGAGUGUUUGCCAAGACAGCUCACCUGUGACCAGGUUCGCGAUCCUGUUUGUGACACAAACCACAUGGAACACGGCAAUCUCUGCACUUUGUACCAGAGGGGGCAAAGCCUCUUAUACAAAGGCCCUUGCCAGCCUUUCUGCAGAGCCACAGAGCCCAUCUGUGGGCACAAUGGGGAGACGUACAGUAGUGUGUGUGCUGCUUACUCAGAUCGCGUAGCAGUUGAUUACCACGGGCCCUGCCAGGCUGUGGGGGCCCUCUCAGAGUACAGUUCUGUCACUGAGUGUGCUGCAGUAAAGUGUCCUUCGCUCUCUGCGACUGAGUGCAAACCGAUCAUCCCGCCAGGUGCUUGUUGCCCAUUAUGUGCUGGAAUGUUAAGAGUUUUAUUUGACAAAGAAAAACUGGAUACUAUUGCAAAGGUAACAAACAAAAAGCCAAUAACAGUUCUGGAAAUACUUCAGAAAAUCCGCAUGCAUGUAUCUGUCCCGCAGUGUGACGUAUUUGGAUACUUCAGCAUUGAAUCCGAAAUUGUAAUCCUGAUCAUUCCUGUUGAUCAUUAUCCAAAAGCUUUGCAGAUUGAGGCCUGCAAUAAAGAAGCAGAGAAGAUCGAAUCCCUCAUCAACUCCGACAGCCCCACGCUGGCGUCCCACGUCCCUCUGUCUGCCCUCAUCAUUUCCCAGGUACAGGUCUCGAGCAGUGUGCCAUCAGCCGGCAUCGAGGCCAGAGCCCCCUGCCCCUCCUGCCUCGUCCUCCUCAGCCUGGGCCCUGCCUUGCACAUGGUCUGGACACAUAACUGACCGCCCGUGAGAAGUGCAAAAUGUUGUGAAAGACAUGCAGGACCCCUGGUUUGUAGUUGAAUAGUGGCCAAGGAGAAGCACUUGUCACCUCUGUUCACCACACAGUAUUUUUUUUAAUCUGCCAAUAUUAGGGUUUUUGUUUUGUUCUUACAAAUGUUAAAAUAUGUUCUUCCAAAUACUAAUGAAAAGAGGACGUCUCCUUUUGGUGGAUCACUGCCUUACAGUUUAUACUUUGCUUAUUAGAUGGGUUCCCCCCCACACUGUAAAACAAAUUUGAUAUCAUUGGUAAGUGGGAUGAUCACUUUUUAGAAAGGAACUCACUUUACUAUAAGCUUCAUACCCAGAAAUUUCAUUUCAGAGUUCCUUUAAGUAUUAAGGUGCCCCUAGUGUGUGUGUGUUUGUUUACAGAUAAUUACCUACUCUGUCUAGAAGCUAGGGGUCACCGUGAAGAGCCUGCUAUUAGAGUGUGAAAUAAAGAUAAUGCAUCUUUGAAAUUAUCAUAUAAAUCAUCAGGCAAAUUUAAUUUACAGAAAUUUAAUUCAAGAACCCAUCUAUUGUGUUCAGCAAAGCCAGCUAAGGAAAUGGCAUUUACGAGAUACAUUGUAAGCAAUAGGCUCAGUGGUUACUAAUGUGUGUAUGACUUUUGCGAAGGAGAGAAGUUAUAUCACAUCAAAACAUAUUGCAUUAUGCAUUUUUAUAUUAACCAGAUGUAUAUUCUUCGGUAUUCAUCCGAGUUAAACUUAGAGUUUCUAAAUAUCAAUCUUUAAACCAAUUGCUGCUACUUAUAUACUUGCCAAAAAGUGAAAUAAUUAGUAGUUCAUGUAAAUAAUACAUGAUAUUUCUAUUUUAUUAUGAAGAAGGUAAAUAGCCAUAUUUGUAAAAUGACAAUCAUGUGUGUUAACCCAGUACUUUCCGUUCAUGAAGACACAUUGCUUUUUGUGAUAUGCACAGUGUGGGUAAGUGUUCUGUCUGACUUUCUUUUUUGAUAUAGAAUUAUAAAGAAUUGUGGUUUAUAUAUUUAAAAAUGUCAAUCUAAGUAUUAAAGUGUUUGCAUGUUGUCUAAGCAAUUGAAUACUUUGAAUGUGUUUCACAGUUUGAAAUAAGCUAUUCAAUGUAAUGCUUCUUGUUUGUAUGCACCUAAACUUAGAUGUUACAUGAAGUACUUUUUUCAGUAUUAUAUGUACCCUUUGAAAUAUAUAGGGAUAUGCUCAUUAUACCAAAAUAUUGUUUAAAAGUGGGCACUUAAAGCUUUCAGAAUAUCUCAGUGCUGAUGUAGCAUGUUUGUUGCAAUUGCUUUUUCUAUAUAAAUGUCUUCAAUGCAAUAUACUGGAAAGCUUUUCUAUUUUAAUAAAAAUAAUUUUAUAUGAU